CCUCUCGGCGCUGCGGCGAGCCGGGGCGGCCGACCCGUCUGUGGCUAAGGUUCUGUGUUUGGGGGUUUUUUUGGAAAGAGUUUCCAUUUCUGGAAGACAGGGAAACAUGUGGGGGGACCCUCGACCAGCCAACAGAAUGGGCCAUUUCCAUGGGAGCCAAGAAGAAAGGUUUGCUCCCGGGUGGAACAGGGAAUAUCCUCCUUCCCUUGAUAGUCUUGCUCAAGAAAGACACUCUGGCAACUUCUCUGGCAGAGAAUCACUUCCUUUUGAUAUCCAGGCAGUCACAGGCCACCUGAAUCCUCAGUUUGCCAGCAGAGAGGAAACUUCUUUCAGCUUUGGAGCUAGAGAUGGACCACAUAGUGACUUCAGAGGUGGGGAGGGGCAUCAUGAUUUCAGGGGCAGAGAUUUCCCACCAUGUGACUUUCAAAACAGAGCUGAUUCACAGCUGGACUUCAGAGGAAGGGAACCUCCCGCUUCUGAAUUCAGGGGCAGGGAAAUGUACUCAGGAGACUUCCGGCAUAGGGAGGGGCUACAUAUGGACUUCAGGGGUGGAGAAAUUCCUUCAAUGGAUUAUAGAAAUAGGGAGGCAUUCCGUAUGAAUUACAGAGAUAGGGAAUCUCAUACAAUGGAUUAUAGGGGAAGAGAUGAACCCCCAUCAGAUUUCAGGGGUAGGGGUUCAUUUGAUCUGGACUUCAGAGGUCGAGACGGAUCUCAUUCUGACUUUAGGGUAAGGGACAUGUCUGAGUUAGACUACAGGGGCAGAGAGCAUUCCUAUUCAGAUUUUAGAAAUAGAGAUGUACCCGAUUCGGACUUAAGGUGCGUGGGCACAUCUGAUCUGGAUUUCAGGAACAGGAAUAUACCACCUUCAGACUUCAGAAAUAGGCACAGGUCCCGGUCUGAUCAGGAUUUUAGGGGCAGGGAUGUUGCUGCUUCUAUGGAUUUCACAGACAGGGAGAUGCUCCCUGUCAACCCAAGUCUUACAGAUUUUAGGCAGAGUCAGUCUACGGUACCUUUAGCAGACAGAGAGCCCUCUGGUGCAAGUGGCAACAAGAGAGAGGAGUCUGCUACUCUAGACAGACCUUCGUUUGGUGGACAAAAAGGAGAGUUUCAGCCUUCCGAGCCAAGAGCCAGAGAAGAGGAAUCCCUUGGACUGGGUCUUGAAACUGAAACUCCACUCGAUUUCCAGAGUAGCCAUGGGCCUGUUCCCACUCUUCAGGACCAGGAUGAGGUGCCUCAGAACUUUGCUAACAAGCAGCAGCUUUCUGGGGGUGAGCAGCAAGGAGGCGAGUCUAGCCUUGAAGUAAAGGGAGACGGUGACUUGGAUUUCCUUGGAAGGCAAGAUACAGACUACAGAAACAUCGAGUAUGGAGAUGUAGAUCACCGGGUGGCUGGGGUUCAGCUGUUUGAUUAUGAGCAUGGCAAGUCCUUUACAGAAGGAAAACCCAGCAAAGAUUCUAGGCAAGACCUUCAGGACCAAGAUUACAGGACCUGUCCCAAAGAUGUAAAACCAAGCAAACUCAUUCGGUUAGGAGGAGUGCCUGAAUCUGCCACAAAGGAUGAUAUUCUCAGUGCUUUCCGGGGACCUGAUGGAACGCGUGUGAAAGGCCUGCGCCUGAAAGAUUACUGUUCAGGUUCCCACUAUGGCUAUGUCUGCGUGGAGUUUUCACUCUUGGAAGAGGCCAUCGGAUGCAUGGAAGCCAACCAGGGAACCCUUGUGAUUGGUGGCAAAGAAGUGACUCUUGAGUACACCCCAUGCCCAGAAUUUUGGCGCUGUAAACAUUGUAAAGUGAGCACUGUAGGGUACAGAUCUUCCUGCUCUUUUUGCAAGCUCCCAAGAGAUGGAAGGAAACCAGGGACAGAGCCCAAAACUGGUUCUGAGGAGGAGGACGUGCAGGCUGAAUUAGACUUCAUAACAGAAGCACCACUUGAAAAACCUGAGCAAGAGUUACCAGGGCAGCCUAAGCCUGAGAAACUAAGUGCUGUGGAAGCAAUUUCUCCACAGCAGUGCCAGCCUCAGGAAUCUGAACCUAGGAAGAGAGAAGAAAGUAAAGAACGGCCACCUUCACAAGAGAAGAAGAGGGAUGUGGACAGGCACUUUCCUCGGAAAGAAAGCCAGGAGCCUGCUUCAAGGAGAGAAGCUGAGGAAACUACACAACAGGAGGGUGGUGGGAGCAAAACAAUUAUGCUAAAGCGUAUCCCUCGUUUCACCCCACCUGAAGUGAUUGUGGGGCUUCUGGCACCAUAUGUUCGACUCUCCAUCUCUAGCGUGCGCAUCAUGAAGAACAAGGCUGGCCGGAUGGGGCACACUUAUGGCUUCAUUGAACUGGACUCGCAUGCUGAGGCUUUACGAUUGGUGAGGAUUCUGCAGAACCUAGAUCCCCCAAUCUGCAUAGAUGGGCGCACUGUGGAUGUCAACUUAGCCACAGGGAAGAGAAGGAAUGACUAUGGGGAACACCCUGACCAUCCCUACUAUGGCCCGGGUAAAAGAGGUAUGAGGGACAGAAGGGGCGCUGACUCGCAGAGACGCAGCAGAGCACAGUCUCCAUCAGAUAUGUCCACUUUUAUUUAUGAUCCUGAAACUGGGAACUACUAUGACCCAAUAGCUGGAUUAUAUUAUGAUCCUAAGACUCAGAAACAAGUCAUAGUGAACCGAGAAGAACCCACAUCACCUCCAAACAGCAGGGGAAGGCGUCAUGGAAGCCAAGAAAGGACAACUGAAAGGAAAGAGCCAUCCAGUCGGGAUAGCAGGGACAGAAAGGAGAAAGGAAAAAGUACUUCAGUUAAGAAUGAAUCUGGAGAUGAGAAGUCCCCUGCAGAAGAUGUCUUUAAAAAACCAUUACCACCCAUGGUGAAAAAGGAAGAGAGUUCAACCCCGCCCAAGGUGGUGAACCCUCUGAUAGGCCUUCUAGGAGAGUAUGGAGGAGACAGUGACAAUGAGGAGGAAGAAGAGGAGCAGCCACAAAUGCAGCAACCACAGCCUCACCAUCCUCCAGUGCCACGGGAAGAGCAUCCUCGGAAGGCUGAGGGCAAUGAGGAGAAGCUGACUGACUGGAAUAAGUUGGCUUGUUUGCUGUGCAGGAGGCAGUUCCCUAAUAAAGAAGUGCUGAUCAAGCAUCAGCAGCUCUCUAACCUGCACAAGCAAAAUCUGGAGAUCCACAUGAAGAUCAAAAGAUCUGAGCGGGAGUUGGCAUAUUUGGAGAAGAGAGAGCGAGAGGGGAAGAGUAAGGAAAAGGGAAAUGAUCGAAGAGAGAGAUUCCAGCGGCUGGACUCUCCUGAGAGAAAAAGACCGAAAUAUGAUCAGAAUUCUGAGAGUGACUAUAACCCUAUGAAUAAAACAAGAAUUGAGAAUAACAACCAAGGAGGGCGUAUGUUGCAACCUCUGGGUUGGAAAGAAGGGUCAGGCUUGGGACAUAACCAGCAGGGCAUGAUGUCGCCACUGGAGGCAGAAAAUUGGAAGAAGGGAGCUGGUUUAGGAACCCAAGGGAAACCCAGCAAGAGGCAGUCCAAUGAAACUUAUCGGGAUGCUGUCCGGAGAGUCAUGUUUGCCCGCUACAAGGAACUUGAGUGAAUCCGUGGAAUUAAUUUCUCUCUCUCUCUCUCUCUCUUUGUCACAUUGUCUCUCUUGAGAGUUUUGUUUUUGGUUUGUUUUUUUUUGUUU